AAAUUGAACAAAGUUAUCCAUGCCCAGCUGAUAAAAUUGGGUUUCAAUGUCUACACCUAUUUGGGUAAUCGCUGUCUCGAUCUAUACUCCGAGUUUGGUGGGGUAAGUGAUGUCUUGAAAACGUUUGGUGAUAUUAGUUAUAAGAACUCUACAUCCUGGAAUGUCUGCUUAAAAGGGUUGCUUCGAAGUGGUCAUCUUGAGAAGGCCAGGCGUUUGUUUGAUGAAAUGCCUGUGAGAGAUGUGGUCAGUUGGAACACGAUGAUUUCAGGUUAUUCUUCUUAUGGGUUUGGUGAUCAAGCUUUUCAAAUUUUCCUUGAAAUGCAAAAUAUUGGCACGAGGCCAAGUGUAUUCACUUACACUAUCAUGGUGUCACUUGUGUCAAGUCCCUGUCAGGGUAAGCAAAUUCAUGGAAGGUUGAUCAGAAGUGGGAUGAAUUUCUCAAAUUUGGUACUUGGGAAUUCUUUAAUAAAUAUGUACGGGAAUUUUGGUCUUGUUGAUUAUUCUUUUGGUGUGAUUUCGACCAUGAAGCAGUUGGAUAUUAUAUCUUGGAAUUCUUUGAUCUGGGCCUGCCAUAAUGCAGGACAUCAAGAACUGGCAUUAGAGCAGUUCCAUCGUAUGAGAAGCAAAGAGUUGUUCCCUGACGAGUUUACGUCUUCAAUACUGAUUAGUGUGUGUUCUAACCUGCAAGAUUUAGAACAGGAUUGGAGGAUUCCGUACAGCUUUUUAGAGAACAAUAUCAAUGGGACCCAGCUCUAUGCAGUUCCAUGAUUUCAAGCUAUGCUAGACAUGGUUUAGGAGAAGAGGCAUUAGGACUUUUUGUGCUGACCUUGAGGAA